AUGCUGAGACCUAUUCCGACAAAGACCAAAGAAUUUAAGAUACACCAGCAAUUCCCAAGAAAUACUUUGAACAACUCGACGGUGAACACCCUUGGGAACACGAAUGACAAGUUAGAAGUGUUCCCUCCUGAGAUUUUCAUCAAAGAUAUUGAGCCCCUCCAGAACUAUGAAGUUACUGUCAUUGUAAGGAACAUCACUAAGAAAGUCAGAAGACUUGCAUUCAAGCAACCCAAGACUAGCAAAUUUAAGCUAGACUAUGACAUGGACGGCCCAAUCGCAGCUGGACUUGCUGUAAAGAUCAAUGUCAGCUUCGAAACUGAUUACAUUGGAGAUUUCCAUGACUGUAUCGAAAUAUCCAGCAGUGAGAACAACAAGGAUGAGGAUUUCAAAGGAUCUGAGACUCAGUUCAUGAGUACUCCAAAGGAUACAUACAAACUUUACCUUCAUGCUCUCCAGCCUGCUCCUGAUGUCCAGUUUGAGCCUCUGGUAAAUUUCAAAUUCAUCCCGAUCAAUGAGACAAGACAUGAGAUCGUCGAAUUCAAAAAUGAAGGGAAGCUUCCAGGAAAAGUCAAACUUGUGUAUGACAAGAAGACACAAGAUAUGCAGGUUGACCCAUCUGAGUUCUCUAUUGAGCCUGAUGAAGUCUCUCAAGUCCAGAUCGCUCUCAAAGCUUCGGAGCCUGAUUUCCUCAGGAAGCUCAUUGAAGUUCAUGUGGACGGUCAAGAUAAAAUCAGGAAUAUUGAUGUUAACGCAACCAGCGUAGAACAUCACCUCUCUAUUGUAUUUGAAGAAGGAGGUGGACAAAAGAGUUCACUCAACUUUGGUACUCUUUACAUGGGUGAGAAGAGAGAAUACCCGGCAUCCUUGGUCAACAAUGGACCAAGACCAGUCAGUUUCAAUGUUAAGUUCCUUCAAGGAAUCAGAAAUCUUGAUGAUGACCUUCAUAUUGAAGAUGAAGCUUUUGUAUCUCCAAACGAGGCAGGAAGAGAACUGACAGAAAGAGUCCUGACUACUUUCCCUCUUGCUGGAGAAGUGCCAGCCUACUCUCAAAUUCCAAUCAAGUUUAUCUGUAGAACUAAGAAAGGAAAGAAAGCCUUUGGUUUCUCAGAUCACACCAAAAAGGAUAGGCCAAAGAGCACUGAAAGUCAAAGCAUUGUUGCUAAUCAAGAAAAGUAUGAAAUUAAGCCAACAGAAUACUCGAGUGUUGCUGUGAUGGGAUUUGAUAUUUCACACGAACCACUUAAAGUUCAAAUGAUGGCUAAGGCUAGCUUCCCAGAUCUCAAAUUGAAUAGACAAAUGCUUCAAUUUGGAGAGUGUGCCACUAAUGGAAGAAGAGAUUUCACAUUGACAAUCAAGAACAAGAAUGAAGAUCUCCCACUUGACUUCAACUUUACCAAAGUGGCUAACUUUAAAAUAGAGCCAGCUAAAGGAAAGCUGAUGCCUUCUACAAAGCAUACCAUUAAUGUAUCUUUUGAGCCAAAGAGUUUUGGAGUUUUCAAAAAUGUAAUCAAUCUGAAUUUCCUGAAGAAUGCUUAUCAAAUCCCAAUCACCUUAAUGGGAUCAUCGAACUCAAUGCAGAAUAAAGAGAAGAAAAUCAGAGGGCCGCUUGCUACAAAAGAUGAUUUCAUGCCAAAAAGGACAUAUCUCUCAGAAAAUGAUGUUGAACCAGCUCCUUUCAAGAGAACUAAGAUUCAAAAUGAGCUUGGAAUCCCAAAGCACUUGCUUGAAUCGACAACCAUGGAGAUGGAUAGCGUUAUGAGGAUGGAAAACACUGAGAAUCUUGACCAAUACCUGAUUCAAAAGAAAAUCAAGGAUGACUACAACAACUACCUUAAGCAAAGCAGACUUCAGAGAGAAAAGAAAAAAAAAAUAGUAAUUAGUCAAAAAAGAAGAGAAAAGAUUCUUCCCAAGACUGUGGAAGAGAUUGAAGCCGAUCCUGAUAUUGGCCUUGAUGACUUUAAAGUUUCUCCUCCCGAGCUUAAGGUACCGAAUGAGUAUUAUCCCCUCCAUGUUGAGAAACCUCUUGGAAAUUAUGAGCCAAUGCAAGCUGACCUUAUUAAAAGACAGAAGAUAGAAUUUGAUGAGAAUAGACUGAUUAGAAAGAAAGGAAAGCCAGAGCCAACCACACAAGCUGAGAUCAGAGACUGUGCUGAAGAGCUUGACGGAGCCAAACUUCAGAAAAUUUCUGCUGGACCUCAAUCUAUUGACUUCAAGAAUGUUUUUGUUAAGUCAACCACUACUAAAGGAUUUACAGUCAGAAAUGAUUUAAGGCAAUGUAUUCACAUCAGACUAGUUAUCGAGCAUAGUGAGUUAGAAAAAUCUGGCCCAACUUCUCAAGUGAUAGAGCCAGGACAUGAAGGAGGAUUCGAUAUUGUCUUUUGCUCUUCUAAAGCUCAAAACUUCAAAGGAGUAGUCACUUAUUUCAUUAAUGAUGUCCAUUCUUUCAAAUUCUUAGUCACUGCCCAAUCUGAUCCAGUCCAUCUCGAACUGCAAAAGAAGGUUAUCAAGUUCAAUUUCCUAGAAGAGAGUACUGAUAUGAGUGUGAGUGAAAAUUUGAUGCUCACUAAUAAUGGAAAUGAUAAGGCUACCUUCCACUGGCAGCCCUCUGGGUCUGAUAUCUUUGUUCCAUAUCCAAUGGAAGGGACUAUCCAAGCAGGAGGAUCAAUGAAAAUUAAAUUUACUUUUACUCCCCCUGGGCCUAAGCCUGAAGAUGAGAUCAUUACUCUCAAGAUUGACGAUGGAGUCACUCUUGAUGUUAAAUGCCAAGGAUUCGUCACCGAAUCAAGAUGUCUAUUCCAAGAGAAAUUCCUUGAUUUUGGAGCUGUUCCAGUUGGAAUUAGAACAAAGGAAGAAAUUCUUCAUAUCAAAAAUCUGCUUAGAACUCCAUCUGUGUUCCACAUCAAAGAAGUUAGUGAUGAUCUAACAAUUUCCCCAACUAUGGGAAGAAUUCCUCCUGAUUCCAGACAGAGCAUCUCUUGUAGCUUCUUGUCUAAUAUCGAGAAGCAGUUCCAAACUGAAGUUGAAGUCCAAAUCAGAGGUGGAAACUCAAUUAAAAUCCCUAUCAAGGCUCAUGCUGUUGUUCCACAGGUCAAGAUUGUGGAAGAAGAGUUUGAUUUUGGUGGAGUCACCUUCGGUGACUCAAAAACUCUCGAUCUCACUUUGGAGAAUGAAUCCAGCAUUGAGGCAAAGCUCAUCGUGGAUCUCAGAGAAUUCCCAGAAUUUGAACUGACCUUAGUACCUGAAGUCACUGAUGACGAUGAUGUCAUGAGCGAAAUCAUGAUUCCAAUCUCAGAAGAGAAGCAGCAUAAUUUCCAGAAUAUCGAUGAUGUUGAUGCUGAAGAGCUCAGAGAUCCUCUCAUGGACGAAGAUGUUGAAGAGGAGGAGGAAGAGGAAGAAGAUGAUAAAAGACAUGUACAGAUAAAUAUCAAACCUAAUAAGAAAACUCUCAAAUUGCAAUUAAAGUAUACUCCUGGAACUGUUGAAGAUCCAAAGAACUUCGAAUUCCCUAUCAAACUUGCUGGAAUCGGAAUGCUUGAUUCUUUAUCUAGAAUGAUUAAAGGAGUAGGAGUAAAGCCAAGAUUCAUUAUGAUUAAGCCAGAUAUUAACUUUGGAAAGAAGGUUAUUGCUAAAGGAUCUAAGCCAAUGCCACAUUCAUAUGAUGCCAAUAUUUCUUGCCCAGCAUCUGAUUCUCUAACUCCACUGACUUGGACAAUUGAUAAAGAAGCCUUGGAAGCUCAAAAGGUGUUCCAAAUAAGUCCUACUGAAGGUAGGCUAGAUCCAAACUCUAGUGCUCAAGUAAGAGUAACGUUCAAUCCUGUUGAGCCUAUUGAAUACUAUGAAAGAGUUCCUCUUUAUCUUGAUGGAGAAACUGAUAAACCUUACUUAGUGGUCGAGCUAAGAGGAGAAGGGACUGAGCCAAAGAUCUACUUUGAUAGAAGAGAAGUUAUACUUCCAGUUGUUCCUUUGGGAAUCCAAUCAAAGACAACCUUCUAUGUAUGUCAUAACGGGUAUGAAAAUCUUGAACUUGAUCCAAAAAUAGCAAGUGAAGUUGGAAAACUUCCAAUAACAUGGAACUUCCCAGAUGGAAAUAAUUUAGGAGUGACUAAAUCUAAGAUUAAGAUCGAAGCUAUGUUUACUAAUUCAAAGCCUCUAUCCUUCACAACUCACUUUGAUUUCUAUGAUGAUGAAGGAAACAAAUUCUCAAUUCCAAUAAGUGGAACUACUGACAACUCAAUCUUCACAAUAUUCUCUUUUAUCCAGAGAAAUUCUGAUGAGUAUGGCCUUGAAGUAGAAGAUGGAAAGCCUAUAAAGCUAUACCAAGAUGCUUCUUCAGAUAGAGAAGAGAAUAAAGGAGGAUUCACCAACAAAUAUUCGAAAACAGGAGGUGCAUCUUCAGUUGUCUCAAGAACAGCUAGAUCAUUAAUCGGCUACAACCCUGUGCCCCUCUAUGUCUUAGAAAAGAACUGUGACUAUGUCUCGAGAUGGUUGAAUCUUUCUGUUCUGCAAAGCUCUACAAUCCAAAACUACCCCUUGGAUGUGAUAAACAGUAACGGAUCUCAGAUCUAUGACCUGAUCCUGUACCUCUCAGGGAAGAAGGCACCUGGGAACCUGAAAAAUCAAAACAAUUCCUCUGUUAACAAAAAGGAUGCGCUAAAGAACCUUCUUGUACAAUAUGAAGAGCUGAUCAAUUUCCUGAAAGUGAACGGAGCUCACUUAAACACAGUCAGGCCUGAAUACCUGCUGAGCUUUAGUGACUAUAAUAAAUUCCUUAAGCAAAACCCUUCACAAGGAGAUCUGAAACAGAAGACAUUGGAGAGGAUGUUCCCAUAUCUCUCUGCUGAGUCAUGGCUUACUUUGUUCUACCAGGUCCUGAAGAUUUAUUACCUGAAUAGAGUCACUCCUAAGAGCUUCAAGAGUCUUCCAGGAGUUCCUCCCCAGGAAGCUACAGUUGAGAAACAUAUGCAGGAAUCAAAUGUGUAUUCAACUCCAGAAACUAUUCUAUUGAAGUGGAUGCAGCACCAUUAUAAUCUGAUAAAUCCAUUAUUGCCAAAGAGACUAACCAACUUCGAUGCAGACUUACAGGACGGAAGAGUCUUUGCUGCUCUGAUCCAAAGUCAUUAUGGAAAUGUAAAGAACCUUAAAGAUGUCAAAACCUCUUGCUACAACGAUGACCAUCUUUUGUUCAAUGCAAAGAGAGUAAUCGAAGCUGUACAUGAGAUUGGUCUGAACACUCAUGUAGUCCCACAAGAUAUUUCGAACCCAAGUGCGAGAGAACUUCUUUUGUUCUGUGUUCAGCUGUAUCAAAGUCUUCCUCACUACAUUCCAAAGGCUCAGAUUGAAUUCCCAGCUACUCUUGGAGAUUUAGUAACUAAAAAUAUUGAGUUGAGUAAUCCAAGUAAGAACCCAAUAUCUUACUGGGUUGCCUGUGAAGGUUCCAAAGACUUCUCUAUUGAAGAGAAAGAAAUCAGGAUUGACCCAGGAGGUACAAUCAAUUUUCCAAUCCAGUUCCAAAGUAGGAUCUCAGCUUCUGUCUCUGGAAAAGUUAUCUUCACUAAUAAGAAGGAAGGAAAUGUUCAAGCUGCUGCAAUGGUCUUUGAACUUAUCUCAAAUGUUCAUAGUAGGAAUUCAGUGCAGGAAAUUCCUAAAACUACUAAGCUCUAUAACCAACUGACUAUUGAUCUCGAUGUUCUGAAUCCAUUUGGCCAAGAUUUAGUCUUCAACAUCCAAAUUAUUCAUGAAAAAGUUAAUAAAGAUAAAGCUCCCAAGAAGAAUAAGCAAGGAAUUUUGAAAGAUAAAAAGAAGAAUGAUGAAGUAGAGACUACUCAUGUUCCAGAUCCCUUCUUCUGUAAACUAGAGACCAUCAGAAUCAAAAAGAAUGGAUCGAAUAUUGUUCCAGUCACCUUCUUACCCUUCGAACUUGGAGUCCAUAAGUGAUAUGUCGUGUUUUCUGAUGAAAAUGUGGGUGAAAUGCAGUACACUAUUAUUGGAAAUACAGAACUCCCAGAUCAAUAUGAUGGUAAGAGAGAUAAGUGCAAUGCUGAUGAAACUUACCCAAUCGACAUCCCAAUUCCAAUCAAGAACGCACAACUUGAAAAGGCUAAGAGUCUAGUACAAGAUAAAAUGCAAGGCCAUAAAGGAAGAGACGGAGGACAUUUGAAAAACAUGCAAUCUCCUGACUCCCAAUAUUUUGAAGUAGAAGUUUCAAAUCCGUACUACUCUGGACCAUCAAAUAUCACAAUAUAUGAUACAAGCAGAGCUAACCUUGGGUUAAACAAGGAUGCUGGGCAGAACUCACUAGGAAAGGUUUCAGAUAAUGAUCCUAACAAGCUGACUCUGCAUUUCUCACCAAAAAGUCCUGCUACUUACCCUUGUUUGAUCAUCUUCAAAUCAUUAGAUAGAACAGAUAUUAGAGUUUAUGAGCUUACAAUGACAGCUAUUCCUCAGACAAUUAAAGCUCAACUUGAAUUUGUAGUCCCAGCAAGAGGAGCUGUUACUCAAGAAAUCCCAAUUGUCAAUAACUCUGAAAGAGAUUGGCUUGUCAAAGCAACUCUUACUAAGAGCUCUAAAGAUAGAAAUGGGGCCUUUGGAAUAAACGCCCAAGAAAUGCAAGUUAAAAGAAAGACAACCAAUAACUUCUUGCUUACUUUCAAACCAUAUUGGGUUUGUGAGAUUGAUGAAAGACUCUCUUUGAACAACGCCACUACAAAUGAAGUUUAUGAAUAUGAUCUUAAGGGUAUCGGAGAAGAGCCUCUCGCUGAAGACCACAUUAUCUUGAAUUGCCAAGCAAGACAGACAACAGUCCACCACUUCGAAAUCAAGAACACAACAGAGAAAAUUCAAAACUAUAGAGUUGAAACUGAUCUGAACAAUGUAACUGGAUCUGAGCACUUUAAAGUUAAGUCAAAAGAAAACUCUAAAUAUCCACUUUCGAUCACCCCAAUCCUUGGUGGAGUCUACACGGGUUCCAUCACUUUCUACGAUAGUGAAGAUAGGUUCAUCUGGUAUACUGUGGAAGUUAGAACAGAAAGUCCUAAACCAGAGAAAACUCUUGAGCUCAAGUCCUUUAUUAGAAAGGCAGUUGGAGUAGAUAUAUCACUAGAUAACCCCCUUGAUGAUGCAAUUACAUUUGAAGUAUUCUAUAAUGGAGAAGGGCUUCUUGGAGAACCUUCAUUCCAGGUUGAAGCUAACAGAACAGGAAUUUAUGAACUUAUUUUCUCCCCUCUCAAAACAGGACACUUCACUGGAACUAUUGGAUUCCUCAAUGAAAAAGUAGGGGAAUUCUGGUACGACCUUGUUCUUGUUAGCGAGGAUAACCCAACUAUCAAUCUUGAUUUAAUUGAAUGUGAGCUUGGUAAAACAGGGGCUAAAUAUGUCACUCUUGAGAACCCAACUGGACAUGAGCUGCCAAUUGAGUAUAUUUCAUCAAAUCCAACUAACUUUGAAAUUAUUCCUGAAAAGAUCAUUAUUCCUCCUUAUGAGAGUUUCAAGAUAUGUAUACAGUAUUCUCCAUCUAAUUUGGACAUCAUUGAGAACGGAAGUAUAACAUUUGAAAAUGAAGAUGUCGGAAAAUGGGAGUACUACUGUGAAGGUAAAGGUCUCCUACCAACUUUGAUGGAACCUCAGCCUAUCUCAACAUCAGUGGGAAGCAGUACUUCCUCAAUGCUGAGCUUCAAGAACCCAUUCAGAGAGCCAGGAACAGUGGUAGUUAACUUAGAAACUGAUGAUCCUAGCAUCUUUACUUUGUUGUUGAAGAAGAAUAAAUUCAAUAUUGGGCCAAUGGGAAUUCUUCAGAUUCCUUACUCAUUCUCUCCACAGACAAUGACUGAAACCAAAGCGACUAUUAUUGUGAAUAUGAGCAAGACUCUUGUUUGGAAGUAUCCUAUUAGAGGAAUUGCUGAGAGUGCUUCAACAUCUAUUGACUUCCAUCUCAAGACCAAGAGUAGAAAACCAUUAAAAGAAAGUAUCAAGAUUAGGCUCCCAGGAUUCGAAGAUCUUGCUCCUGAUGAUGUCUUUACUCAUGAAGUCAAUGUUUUGAACCCUAACAGCAAGGUCUUUGUAGAAAAAUCUGUGCUUUUUGAGCAAUUAAAAGAUACUUUAGAUUCCCCAGAUGACGAGCUUGAGUUCACACUCAGAUUUGAACCCCUCAGACCAUUCAAGGCAAACACUGAAUUUAUUAUCCACAAGAGCUCUGGAGGAAGAUGGAAGUUCAAUGCUAUAUUCGAAGCUACAGAACCAGAAGCAGAUGAUGUGAUCAUUAUUCAAAGUCCUCUUCAAAAAACAUCAAGUGUGUCCUUCAAGCUGACAAAUUACCUAAGAAGCUAUGCUGAGUUCCAAGCCUUUUUCACUGCAGAUUCUGCAGCAGAGUUUGUGGUGUACCCCAAGUCUGGAAUGCUCGAACCUUAUGGUAAAGAAGGAACGAAUUUCAUUGUUUCGUUUACACCAACUGAGUAUGGAAAAGCCAAGGUUGGCAAGCUCAUGAUCCAGACUGAAGAAAUGCAGUGGAGCUAUGAAGUCAGAGGCUCUCAUCCUGAAUACAAGAUUCCAGAGGUAAAGGGAGGCAGAUUCAUCAACAACAAGCUCUCAAAAGAUAUUCUUAAGGUGUUAAAGGAAAGACAUGAGCAUAAGAAGAAUUUCUUGAAGGAAAACCUGAAGAACAUCAAGAGAUCUCCAGAAAAGACUCGCAAAGAGCCUCGAGUCAAAGAUGGAGCAAAUACCAGUGUCACUAGAUCAGUCUAUGAUAGAACUGGACUCGAGUAAAUCACUCUUCUUCUACUUUUAUACGUUUAUCCUCCAA